AUGCUGGGGGGCGUCUCUGGGGCCGCAGAGCGCGAGGCGGAGGGCGACGCGGCGGGGGCUGUGCCCGCGCCGCCCGCCAUCGACUUCCCCGCCGAGGGCUCGGACCCCAAGUAUGAUGAAUCUGAUGUUCCCGCAGAACUCCAGGUGCUGAAAGGACCCCUGCAGCAGCCCACCUUCCCUUUUGCAGUUGCCAACCAACUGUUGCUGGUUUCUCUGCUGGAGCACCUGAGCCAUGUGCACGAGCCAAACCCACUUCGUUCCAGACAGGUGUUUAAAUUGCUUUGUCAGACCUUUAUCAAAAUGGGGCUACUGUCGUCCUUCACCUGCAGCGAUGAGUUUAGCUCGUUGCGGCUACAUCACAACAGAGCUAUUACGCAUUUGAUGAGGUCAGCUAAGGAGAGAGUUCGCCAGGGUCCUUGUGAGGAUAAUUCUCAUAUCCAGAAGAUCAGAGCAAGGGAAGUAGCCUUUGAAGCACAGACCUCACGUUACUUAAAUGAAUUUGAAGAGCUAGCCGUCUUAGGAAAAGGUGGAUAUGGAAGAGUAUACAAGGUCAGGAAUAAAUUAGAUGGUCAGUACUAUGCAAUUAAAAAAAUCCUGAUUAAGGGUGCAACUAAAACAGAUUGCAUGAAGGUCCUGCGGGAGGUUAAGGUGCUGGCCGGUCUUCAGCAUCCUAAUAUCGUUGGCUAUCACACGGCCUGGAUAGAACACGUUCACGUGGUCCACAGGCAAGCAGAUAGACUUUCUCUCCAGUUGCCAUCCCUGGAAGUGAUCUCCGACCAGAAAGACCCCAGUGCUCAUUAUGAGGUUAAAAGUGAUGGAAGUAACAGCUCAUCCAUUAUUUUUGCCGAAUUCACCUCAGAAGAAGAAAAAUCCUUAGGAGAAUCUGGUGUUGAAGACAAUCAGAAUAAUGGAUUGGUGAACUACAGCUCCAGUGUAGUCGCCAGAGAUGCUGGUGACUUCGAAUCCUCACUUGAGCUCCGUGAAAGUGAUGUGGCUGAUGGGUCUUCUAGACCCAUUGUUGGGCGUCGGCUGCCGCUUCGGCAUAACUCUGAACCGGAGGAGAACUUCGCAUCCACUGGGGAAUCUUCUGAAGAAAACCUCAACAUGUUGGGGCAGACAGAGGUGCAGUACCGCCUGAUGCUGCACAUCCAGAUGCAGCUCUGCGAGCUCUCGCUGUGGGACUGGAUCGCGGAGAGAGACGGGCGGGGCCGGCAGAGUGCGGAGGAGUCCGCCUGUCCUUAUGUUAUGGCCAGUGUUGCAACAAAAAUUUUUCAGGAAUUGGUGGAAGGUGUAUUUUACAUACAUAACAUGGGAAUUGUACACAGAGAUCUGAAGCCCAGGAAUAUUUUCCUUCAUGGCCCUGAUCAGCAAGUAAAAAUAGGAGACUUUGGCCUGGCCUGUGCAGACAUCAUCCAGAAGAACACAGACUGGGGCGGCGCAAAUGGGGCGAGGAUGCCAACACACACCUCCAGAGUGGGUACGUGUCUGUACGCUUCCCCCGAACAACUGGAGGGAUCCGAGUAUGAUGCCAAGUCAGAUAUGUAUAGCUUGGGCGUGAUCCUGCUGGAGCUCUUUCAGCCAUUUGGGACAGAAAUGGAGCGAGCACACGUUUUAACAGGUUUGAGGACUGGACAGAUCCCCGAGGCCCUCGGUAAAAGGUGUCCCGUCCAAGCCAAGUACAUCCAGCACUUAACCAGAAAGAACUCAGCCCAGAGGCCAUCCGCCAUCCAGCUGCUGCAGAGUGAGCUCUUCCAAAACUCUGGAAAUGUUAAUCUCACCCUACAGAUGAAGAUACUCGAGCAAGAGAAAGAAAUUCAGGAACUAAGGAAGCAGCUAAGUCUCCUGUCUCAGAACAAAGGGGUGAAGGGUGACAUGAGAGAUGGGGGCGUGCCCAUCUAG